AUGAGCGGGCGACCGCACGGGCCUUUGGAGAUGUCAACCAGCUGCAUGACACUCACAUACGGGACGCAGAUGCUCCGCCGCCGUCAGGCCAGGCCGUGCAAGGGCAAGGCCGUCGGCGUUGACCAACACAAUGAGAUUCAUGUGAGCCCAAGGCCCGGUUGGUCCAAACACACCCGAUCCAGUUGUACUCAAGGAAGCUUCGACAACAAUCACAACAGAUUGUUGACGGGCCGAAACGUGUCGCCAGGUUGGCGCUACCCAGAGGUAGCUCCCCGCCCACGAGACGCCUCAUGCAACCACAGCACCUGUAACAAGCUUGCAUCAGCACCUGCAUCUGAUGCCUACUCCGCCUAG